AUGGACGUAUCUGAGGACCGAUUCUACGGCUCCCAGACGCCGGACCGGUCCGAGACCAACAGUCCGCGAUCGCAGAUGAGCAGUCCGAACUCUACAUCGUCCAUAAACGUUACCGACCAAUCCAUCUCAAUGUCACAGCAUCAGCAGAAUUUAGAGACUCUGAAUAGGAUGGGGAUGUUCUUUCACGCGCAGCAGAUGCAUCUGAAUCAAAGUUUCGACGUUGUGAAGACUAGGCUAGGCUUGACCCAAGUGCCCAACAUGAACCAGGGUCCGCGGCAUACGAUAGACGCGAUACUAGGACUAAACGGUAGCAGGCAGGCGGGGAGAGUGGCAAGUGAGUUCGAGCAGAGAAGAGAAGAGCGGGAGUGCGACGCCGUGCCCGUGUCGCCCGGCGCCGUCGAGAGUGCCGGCGAGGGCUCAUGCAACAGCAACGACGGCUUCCAGGCGCCCGCCGACGACAAGUCGGCCAGCGACGAGGAGCCCGCGCGCCCCGGCUCCGCCGCCGACAAGAAGAAGCACCGGCGGAACCGCACCACCUUCACCACCUACCAGCUGCACGAGCUGGAGCGCGCCUUCGAGAAGAGCCACUACCCCGACGUGUACUCGCGCGAGGAGCUCGCCAUGAAGGUCAACCUGCCGGAGGUCCGGGUGCAGGUGUGGUUUCAAAACCGGCGCGCCAAGUGGCGGCGCCAGGAGAAGAUGGAGGCGGCGCGUCUCGGGCUGUCGGAGUACGGCGCGCCCGUGCCGCGCCUGGCCGGCCUGGGGCUGCCCGUCGACCCCUGGCUGGCGCCGCCGCUGCUCUCCGCGCUGCCAGGGUUCCUGAGCCACCCGCCGUCGGGCUACCCGUCCUACCUCACGUCGGCCGCGCCCGCGCCGCACGCCGCGCCGCACGCCGCGCCGCUCGCCGCGCCGCCCGACCCGCGCUCGUCCUCCAUCGCCGCGCUGCGCCUCAAGGCCAAGGAGCACGUGGAGAGCAUCAGCAAGGGCCUGCAGAUGGUGUAG